AAUAUAUCUCCUCGUUUUGAAGGCUUUGCGUGCACAAAAAGUCCAACUUUCACCGCUCGUGCUUUCUCAGCUCCCCGUCAAUGGCGUCCGUCUCCACCGUCGUCCUCGCCGUCGUCCUCCUCGCCGCCGCCGCCUCCGCCUCCGCCGCCCGCCUCGGAGCCCUCCGGACCGGCGGCGGCGAUGGGGACGUGCACGACCUCCUCCCUCAGUACGGUUUCCCCAGGGGCAUCCUGCCCGACAACGUGGCGUCCUACUCCCUCUCCGACGACGGCGCCUUCGAGAUCCGCCUCCGCGCGCCCUGCUACGUGCAGUUCGACCAGCUCGUGUACUACGACCGGAAGAUCUCCGGGAAGCUGAGCUACGGGUCGGUGUCCGGCGUGUCCGGGAUCCAGGCCAAGAAGCUCUUCGUCUGGCUCCCCGUGACGAGCAUCAAGUCGGACUCGGGCUCCGGCAUGAUCGAGUUCUACGUCGGGGCCCUGUCGGAGAAGCUGCCGGCCGAUCAGUUCCAGGCCAUCCCCGCCUGCAAGAGCAACGCCUGCGGUGAAAUCCCCAAGGCAGCUUCCAUGUGAGUUACAGGUGAAGGAGAUCUGGCGAGACUGGAGGAAUCCGCCAUCAAUUCGAUGCUUUGGUGUCUCUCCUCAUACAAUAACAAGCACUAUAGUGUAUAGUUUUUAGUCGACACCGGAUGAACUUUGUUAUCGUUUCGUGGUGGAACUACUUCUGUUCCAUGAAUUUAGCAGCUCCUAUAAUAUAACAUCGUAAAUGCUGUAAUUUCUUUUAUGUCCUGCCUGCUGUCAUGGGAAGGUUCUCUUCAUCCCAUUCUUCUUUCUUAAGGAGGAGAUCAUGAUUGUAAUUUAAUAACAUUGGGAAACAUAUGGUUUGGUUACAUUUACUUGUCGAACUUCUAAAGCUUAA